AGUGGGAGCCGUGUGGAGUGUUCCGGCCGCGGCGCGCGGGGAAAGUGCGUGAGUGCAGCAGCGCCCGGGUGCUCCCUGCUGCUUGGCGGACCCUGGGGUCUGGAGGCGGCGAAGUUACGCUCGGGGCGAGGAUGUCCUCGGAGCAUGCUAUAUAUAAGUGGAUAUUUCCCAUAAAUGAAAAUGGCUAAUUCGUUAAGAGGAGAAGUACUGAAUCUUUAUAAAAAUCUGCUGUACCUUGGACGAGACUAUCCAAAAGGAGCAGACUAUUUUAAUAAGCGUCUGAAGAAUGUUUUCCUUAAAAACAAGGAUGUGAAGGACCCAGAGAAGAUCAGAGAACUUAUUGCACGGGGUGAAUUUGUAAUGAAAGAGCUAGAAGCUUUAUAUUUCCUUAGGAAAUACAGAGCUAUGAAACAGCGCUAUUAUUCAGAUACCAAAGACACUAACUGAUCAAUACUAUAAUUUCGCUAAAACCAGUGUCAGCUGUUUAUGUACAACAAAUAUAAAAAUAAUUCUAACUUAAAAUGGCAACACAUACAUAUAAAAAAUAUUUAAGCCGCCUUAACUGAGCUAAAACAGUGUUCAACUUCCAUUUAUACUGAGUUUUAUCAGCAACCCUUUAUGCAAUUUUAUACUAACAUAACAUUGCCAACUUACCAAUUAUAGAUUAAUGAGUACCUAAUUUCAUAUGAAAAAUAAUGUACUGAAAACAAUUAUAACUUAAUACAUUUUUGCCAAUUAUUCUUAGCCCAUUUCUCCAUUUAACUGACAAUGCCAUUUAAUUCACAUGAAACUAGGCAAAAUAAUCUUACACAUUUAUUCUCUUAAUUUUUGAAGUAGUUCACUACAAAACGAGUAGCACCUGGUCAUGAUUUUAGUGCAGUUAUAAAAAUAAUACAUAUGAAGAUUAUGUCUGAUAUUGCAAUAGCUUGUCCGUGAUUGGCAUUACGUACAUACCUAUUCAAUAUCUCCAUUAUUUUGCUUCUAGCUUCCUUUGGUCUUAAAACAAAUCACCUGUUGUGUAUCAAUUACCUUCUUUGAUAAAAAGUAAUAAAGUUAUUUUUUUGUCAUAAA